GAUGCUUGCUCUCGCAGCGCGACGUUCUACAUCUUUCCUGCCUCGCUUUCUUGCCGCCAGGGCGAAGUCAACCUUUGGGGACAACUGCCCACUCGUGAUCACUCCCAGGCAGCUCAGUGAUCUCGACCCUGGCAAGGUCUCCAUCCUCGACACGAGUUGGCACAUGCCCAACUCCCCGCGUAAAGCUCGCGAGGAGUUUCUCGAAAAGCACAUUCCAAGGGCACAGUAUCUGGACCUGGAUGAGGUGGCCAGUGAACAUGAGCUUGGACUAAAGCACAUGAUGCCGAGCCCGGAAAAGUUCUCCCAGGCGUGCGAACAGUUUGGCAUUAGCCCAUCCUCCCAUGUUGUCCUAUACGACACCCUCGGAGUGUUCUCUUCCCCUCGUGCUCUGUUCAUGUUCCGUGCAUUUGGACACAAUAGGUCGAGCAUCCUUGAUGGAGGUUUGCACAACUGGGAGGCGCAUGGCUGUCCUGUUGAGUCUGGCAAGGCCCAGAAACAUCCCAAGUCGUCCUACCCUGCCCCUCGGCUUGACGACGACGUUAUUAAGAGUUAUGAGCAAAUUAUGAACAACGCAGGUCGUGACCCGUCUAAGGAUUCAGCCGCCGAGCUAGUCCUAGAUGCCCGUUCUCAGGGACGCUGGUCGGGCAAAGAUCCCGAGCCUCGCCCUGGCCUUUCGUCUGGACACAUUCCAUACUCCACCUCUCUUCCGUUCACCACGUUCCUGAUGAAGAGAACAUACACGCCUGCGGGCGCGGGGAGUCCAAUUACCUACACCGAGCUAGCCUCUCCCAGCGCACUUCACAGCACCCUUGAAGAAACUCUCGGCAAGGAGGUGGCCGAUGAGGUUAGGUCCGGCAAGCGCAGGGUCGUCACGUCCUGUGGCAGCGGCAUGACCGCUGGUGUUAUCUGGCUCGGCCUGAAACAGAUGGGUGUGGAGAAAGUGAGCCUAUACGACGAGUCUUGGACUGGGUACGCCGCUAGAGAGGGCAGCAAGAUUGAGAAGAGCACCUGAGCUCCCCAUACACGACAUCCUACGUAUAUGGACUUGGACUUGGCAAAUGUACUCGUAUAUCUGCUUCUCGCGAUCUAUCAGAUUGGAAGCAUUGCUUGCUGAAAUUGAAUGCCGUUGCACAUC